AUGAUCACAUGGAACAGAGUCUACAAGUUGAAGUCUAAAGGAAAGGGCGCUUUCGGGGAAGUAUAUAAAGUGAAGCAUAUAAUUGACCAUGAUGUGUACGCCGUUAAAAUUAUCAAGUUUGAAGACACUUAUACUAAUCAAAAGAGACAACAAAUAUUAAGCGAGGUGGAAAAAUUAAAAAAAUUGUGCUCUCAUUAUGUGGUAGUUUAUCGCAACUCAUGGCUCGACGACAAUCAUCUGUUCAUUGAAAUGGAUUAUUACUCACAAAAUCUACAGAAAAUUAUUGAUAUCAAACCCAAAGUCUUUGGAAGAAAACCAGAAGAAGUGUUGAAUGUCUUUGAAUAUUACAUUUCGUGCGAAAUAUUCAAAGAGAUCUUAGAAUGCGUUCAAUAUCUGCACGAAUCGGAACCACAAGUCAUUCAUCGAGACCUCAAACCUUCAAAUAUAUUGAUUUCAAAAAAUGCCGACAAAAACACAAAUCGAUUCAUAAGAUUAGGUGACUUCGGGUCCGCCACUUAUCACGACAUGACAAUCGCAUCCAUGAGCCACACCUCUAAUGUAGGGACAGCACAAUAUAUGGCACGAGAAAUAUUUCAACCCCGAUAUAACAUAAAAGUGGAUAUUUAUAGUGACUUCGGGUCCGCCACUUAUCACGACAUGACUAUGACAUCCAUGAGUCACACAAAAAAUGUCGGAACCGCACAAUAUAUGGCUCGCGAAAUGUGUAAAUCAAAGGAUGGCAAACGGCCCUUCAGUGGCGAAGUAAUCAACGACUAUAACCAGUGGUCUAUCCAUAAAAGUUUACUUACUUCAGACAAACAACGGCUCACCGAAACAUUAGAUAGAUAUAAAAACAUUGAAAACAAAUUUUUCAACGAAAUGUCUGGAAUCCAAACGAGCAAUUUUAACCAAUCGUUAUACAAGAUCGCAUCGAUUGGUGGCAAUAGUCUAGCAAUUGAUCCCAAAUAUAAGUCUAUCGAUAAUAAAGUAGACAUUAAUUGUAUGAAAUUAUUUCACGUCUUAGACGACGACAUUGGUUGCGGUGCUUUUCACUCACUUGUAGUCACGAGUGAUUACUGUGUUUACGGAUGGGGUAGUAAUAGAGAGGAACAGUUGGGUUGUGGGGAACAGCACUCGACUGAUGUAAUAAUAACUCCAAUGAAAAUACAAUUCAUAGACAAUGGGAUUGAAUAUAAAAUACGUGGCGUUUAUUGUUAUGCGAAUUCCUCGUUUGCCGUCACAACUGAUGGCCGAGUCUUCAGUUGGGGUCGAAAUAACUGUCAUUUGGGACACAAUAUAUCGGAUAAUGUAUUCAAACCACAAAUGAUUGACAAUUUGUUUAAUAUUGAGACGUAUGACGUACUGUAUAUCAAGAAUGCAAUUAUUAAUUACCUAUCCAGUCCGUCAAUAAUGAUCCGCGAAUCUGAAAUUCGAAUAUCUCCUAAACCAGAUGAGCUGGAUUAA